GCUCAUGCGCCGUAAAGAAAAUGAUUAAACGAAAGAUGCUAGCUAAUCUCUUUGUGUUUUUUGGUAUUUCUUUAAGUUAAUUCUGGCUAAAAAUGCUUUUUAUCUUGGCCUUUUCUCUUUACUAACGACCUGUACGUGUAGUUUAAAGGUUUUAAACGCAUUGGUUGUCUAAUAAUAUCUUUUUUUAUUGAAUGCCAGCGUGUGAAAUAUUGUUCCAGGCAGGGAUGUUAGACACAUGGUGGGCUUUUCUUGUAGUGUACACCUCCUUCUCCGCCCUCCUCCUGUAAAGGCAGAUGGGGGCCGGCCUUGUUGAAGCGGGCUAUUACAGCUUUGGCAGGUGAUGCCGCAGCUCACUCAGGGCUUGAAGAUCCUCCUCGCUUAGAAGGUUUUAAUUAGCGAGCUGACCUGGUUUCAGCACCGCGGCGCGUCAACAGCUCCAGAGGACGCCCGGAGAUUUGCCCGGCCCCUCCCCGCCCUCCGCGUCUGACAGAGCGGGAGCUGCAGGCGCAGCUUCGCGGCACACUAAGCACCAGCCGGCGGCCGGAGCGGAGCUGUCCACACAUUCAGCACCUCUCGUCUGGACCCUCAGCCCAGGACACCUCCAGGAGAGUCCCCCCCUCCCUGAGAAUCAUCAUGGCGUCAAAAGCCGUCUGCCUUUUUGUCCUGUCCCAGCUUCUUGCUCUGAAUGUAGUGAACCCGGUCUAUGCCUUCCCCACACCUUCUGCCUCAACGGACGAUAAAUCUGUGUACAACCAACAGCUGACAGAAGAAAGACCAGUACAGCAGCAGAUUGCAGAGGCAGACAGUGUAAAGGCUGCCCUACAGUCAGCUGGGGGCCAGCAUCCUGCCGCCUCCAAGGAGUCAGAUCAGGACAGUGAUGACUUUACCAUGCUAAAGUCUUUGGCCGAUGGCCAGAAAUCAAAGGAGCCCUCAGUGGUACCGGUCAAAAAGGACGACCAAUAUGUUCCUGAUGAAUCCGAUUCCACCAAGAGCCGGCGUCUUGCUGAUGACUACGAUUCAACCAAGAAGGGGAUGGACUACGGCAAGUACCAAGAUGACCCAGAAAGCUUCCGUCAAGUGGACGGUACUCCAUUGACAGCCGAGGACAUCGUCCAGAAGAUUGCUAACAAAAUCUACGAGGAAGACGAUAGAGGCGUCUUUGACAGAAUCGUCUCCAAACUGCUCAAACUGGGGCUGAUAACAGAAAGUCAGGCAGACACUCUGGAGUACCAGGUGGCAGAGGCACUCCAAGAUCUCAUCACCAAAAACGCCAAGAACAACGAAAUUGACGACAUUGAGAGUAUAGACCAAGCGGCCGGAGGAGAGCAAGAGGACCAGGAUUCAGACACGGGCACAUGGGAACCACCAAAGCGUCGCUACAAUGAGAAAGAGGAAGACGCGGCAGAGGCAGAUGAUGAAGAUGUUGAGGAUGAAGUGGAAAGGGAAGCAGAAGAAGAUGUGAAUGAAGCUGGAGACACCUGGGAAAAAGGGACAGAAGACGGAAACGAGGUGAGCCCUGAAGAUGGGCUCCAGGAUCUGCAGUACUUCCCAAACUUCUACCGUCUGCUCAAAAGCCUUAACUUAGAGAAAGACACUCAGGAGAGAGAGACACUCAUAACAAUCAUGAAGACGCUGAUCGAUUUUGUGAAGAUGAUGGUGAAGUACGGUACCAUCACACCAGAGGAAGGAGUGUCAUAUCUAGAAAACCUUGAUGCCAUGAUUGCCAUGCAGACGAAGAACAAGCUGGGGAAGGCCCUCGGGCUCCCAGACGUCACUGCACCCAGUGAGAAAGACUGGGAUGACGAUGACAACACCAAAGCAGAAGCUGCAAAGAUGCAGAAGGAGUAUGAGAACCUGAAAGAUUCCACCAAAGAGGAGCAGCCACCAACCGAGACCAAUCAACCUGGCAAGUCAGAAGCGUAUCUGGAGGCUAUCAGGAAGAACAUCGAGUGGCUGAAAAAACACAACAAAGAAGAUGGAAAAGAGGAUUAUGACCUGUCCAAGCUGAAGGACUUCAUGGACCAGCAGCUGGACUCGUAUAUCGAUAAAGGCAUCAUCGCCAAAGAGGAAGGAGAUACAAUCAAGAGGAUCUACAGCAGUCUGUAGCAAACGUAUCCCCCCCUUCAGCCUAAAAGACAGAUUCUAAAGCUAACUUAAUCCACUGAUUUCCAGUAGUGCGUUAAAUGAUUCAUUUCAAUGAGCUAGAAGAGCCUCUCUAUCUUUCUGCAUUUUCAAAAUGUACUGACAGACAAAUUGAGCUGACUAGACUCGAAGACUAAUAAAAAUAAUUCUUAUGAUCUUAGCUCAUGUCAGUACUACUUACUCCAACUGGAGUCGUGAGAAAUUAAUGUUGUGGAAGAAAUGUGCGAUCUGAUCAAUCUUUUAAAUUUCUACUAAAAAGAAAUCAAAAAUCAUAUUAAACACAUAGUUAUUUUAGCCCUAAUAUAUGUCCUUUUUCUUUUCAGUGUUUGUGUAAAAAUCCUAAUUUAUUCUUGCUUUGUACUCGACCAAAAACUGCAUUUCUAGUGGCUGUGUGCCCCGUUUUGUUGUAAUCCCCGCAGAGCCCACUAGGGGGCAAUGUCUGAAUCAUGAAUUAUUUCUUUGCAUGUUUCUACUCCUGUAAUUCAAACAUUUCCACUACACUGUAGAGGCAUAAGGCGUAUUUUUAAAUGUGACCUUUUUGGUGAUUCCUUUCCUAAAAGUUGUAAAAGCAAAUAAACUUGUCUUUUCUUUA